AGUUUCUUUAUUUCUUUAAAAUCUCCAAGCAUCUUUUGUUGUGUUUGUCAAGUUUUGGGUCGUUUGAGUUUAUUUAACAAAGUUUGUUUUAAGUUCUACUCAUUGUGUCAGUUUUCUUCUUGUGUGUCUUUUGUGUUCAAGAAAUAUAGGGUUCCCUAAAUCCCUUGUCUACAUCAACAAUUUAGAAGUGAAACUGGCAUCUCUGCCUGAAACUAUAGAUUUUGGAAUUCCAUGCAAUCUUACAAUUUCUUCAACAUAUGGUUUUGCAAGCUUUUCCACUGAAUCUGUCUGUCGGAUUGGUACGAAAUGAGCUAACUUAGUUAAUAUGUCAAUAACCACCCAUAUUACAUCUUGACUCUGUCUUGACCUGGGUAAUCCAAUCACAAAAUCCAUUGCAAUGUCUUCCCAUUUCCACUCAGGUAUAAGUAAAGGUUGUAGUUGACCACUUGUCUUUUGAUGUUCUGCUUUAAUCAUCUAACAGGGAAUACAUUUUGCUAUAAAUUCUGCAACACUCCUCUUUAAUCCUGGCCACCAAAACAACCCUCUAAGUUCUUGAUACAUCUUUGUACUUCCCGGAUGAAUUUCAUAUGUUGAGAGAUGAGCUUCCUGCAAUAUCUCUUCUCUUAAGCUUCCAAUAUUUGGAAUACAGAUCUUGCCUUUAUACUUUAAUAAUCCUUCUACAUCCAUAACAAAAUUUUCUAAUUAUCAUGCUUGCACUUUCUUUAUGAUGGUCUGAAAUUUUUCAUCUUGAGGCAAAGCAUUGAGCACUAUAUCUUUCAAAGUAGAUUGGAUCACUAGUUAAUUUAAGAACAUAUCUUUAGUCUCUUUCUGAUUGACCACUGAAAUCUCUAACUUUUUCAUUUUUAUGAUUAUCUGUUCCUGUUAGGUGAUUAGCCAAUUUGCAUAUUCAAGAGCUUUUCUACUAAGUGCAUCUGCAACCAUAUUUGCCAUUCUAGGAUGAUGCUGUAUGUCUAAGUCAUAAUCCUUAAUAAGCUCUAACCACCUUCUCUGUCUCAAAUUAAGCUCUUUUUGAUUGAAAAUGUAUUUGAGACUCUUACGAUAUAUAAACACUUCGCAUCUGACCCCAUAUAGGUAAUGUCUCCAUAUUUUGAGUGCAAAAACUACAGCUGUCAGUUCUAAAUCAUGAGUGAGGUAGUUCCUUUCAUGAAUUUUCAACUGUUUGAAGAAUAGGCCACCACUCGACCAUGCUGCAUCAAUACACAUCCAAUUCCCCUUAAGGAAGCAUCACAUAAAAUUUGGAAUCCUUCUGAGUCUGUUGAAAUUGUCAAAAUCGGGGCAGUCAUUAAGCAAUUCUUUAAUUUUUGAAAAACUCCUUCACACUGGUCACUCCAUUCAAACUUUAUUGCCUUUUGAGUUAAUCUGGAUAAUGGCGUUGCAAUUUGAGAGAAUCCCUCUACGAACCUCCUGUAAUAACCCGCAAGACCCAGAAAACUUCUCACCUCAGAAACUGUUGUUGUUCUUGACUAAUCUGAUAUGGCUUGAAUUUUAUUCUGAUCAAUUGAAAUACCUUCACCAUUAAUCAUAUGUCCAAGAAAUGUUACAAUGCUCAGCCAAAAUUCACACUUUGAAAAUUUUGCAUACAACUUAUUCUCCUUUAAUGUCUGCAACACUGCUCGUAAAUGACUUGAAUGGCUCUCUUAAUUUCUUGAAUAAAUCAAAAUGUCAUCGAUAAACACAAUCACAAAUAUGUCCAUAAAUGGCUUAAGAAUUCUGUUCAUCAAAUUCAUAAAUACAGCAGAUGCACUUGUCACUCCAAAUGGCAUUACCACAAACUUGGAGUGGUCAUAUCUGGUUCUAAAAGCUGUCUUUGCUAUAUCUUCUUCCUUAAUUCGUAGCUGAUGGUAUCCAGAUCUCAAAUUAAUUUUAGAGAAAACUGAAGCUCCUUCCAGUUGAUCAAAAAGAUCAUCAAUCAUGGGCAAUGAAUAUUUAUUCUUAACAGUAAGCUUAUUCAGUUCUCUAUAAUCUAUGCACAUUUUGAAGCUCCCAUCUUUCUUCUUUAUAAACAAUACUAGAGCUCCCCAUGGUGAGGAACUUGGCCUGAUAAACCCCUUAUCUAGCAAUUCUUGUAACUGACUUUUCAGCUCCUGUAACACUUUGACUUCCAUCCUGUAAGGUGCCCUUGCCACUGGUUCUAAACCCGGCAUCAAUUCAAUAGUAAAGUCUAUAUCUCUUUUUGGUGGUAAUCCUAGCAGAUCAUCCAAAAACACCUCUGGAUACUAUUUGAUUACAGAUAUAUCUUUCAACUCUUUAACUUCCUUAUUUGUAUCAUUUACUUGAGCAAGAAAACACUGACAUCCCUUGAAUACAAAUUUGUAUGCUUUCAUAUAGAUGAUUAUCAUUGAAGAAACUCUUCUCUCCAUAGAAUUUCAACUCUCUUUCUCCAGGAAAAUUAAACUUUAUAAUUUUCUUGUUCCAGUAAAUAAUCACAAAGUGCCUUGAUAACCAAUCCACUCCCAAUAUCAUAUCAAAUUCUUGCAAUGGUAAAACAUUCAUUGUGUCUUCAAACUCUCUUUCAUUUAUUUUGAAAGUCACUUCACAUACACCUUUUACAUUCAUAAUUGAUCCAUUUGGCAUUAGAACUUCCAAAAUAACACUUGUCUCAUAAACAUUCAGUCCAACUGUUUUAACAAAUUCUUCUGAAAUAAAGGAAAGUGAAGCUCCCGUAUCAAAAAGAAUCCGUACAUGCUUUCAUGCACCAUUAUCAUACCUAUAAAAAUUACAUACAUAAAAAAACAUAAACACACAUUAUUCCUUUAAUAAUGUUUUCAUAAUACAAUUUAUUCAUUUUUCAUUAUUCAUUAUAAUCACUUCAGGUGAAUCCUUAGCAUCAUUCUGAUUUCUGAGUCAGCGCAUAUAAUAUAGGCAGCGUAUUCUUUUGGUUUUGACUUGAUCCUGGAGUAAAAGCAGUUGAUUCUAUUGUUCUUGGUCUUCCAACAUUCCUCUGAGAUUCGAUAUUUACCUUUGACUCUCCUGCUGGUCUUUGACCUAAAGUAGGAUAGUUCUUAGCUAUAUAACCCGGUUAAUGACACCAAAAGCAAGUAUUGUACCAGAUAAACAUUCACAUUUAUGCUGUCUUCCACACUUGCUGCAACUAUUAGAACUUCCAAAAUAACACUUGUCUCAUAAACAUUCAGUCCAACUGUUUUAACAAAUUCUUCUGAAAUAAAAGAAUGUGAAGCUCCUCCUGUAUCAAAAAGAAUCCGUACAGGCUUUCCUUGCACCAUUAUCAUACCUAUAAAAAUUGCAUACAUAAAGAAACAUAAACAUACAUUAUUCCUUUAAUAAUGUUUUCAUAAUACAAAUUUAUUCAUUUUUCAUUAUUAUCACUUGUAAUCACUUCAGGUGAAUCCUUGGCAUCAUUCUGAUUUUUGAGUCAGCGCAUAUACUAUAGGCAGCGUAUUAUGUCGGUUUUGACUUGAUCCUGGAGUAGAAGCAGUUGAUUCUAUUAUUCUUGGUCUUCCAACAUUCCUCUAAGAUUCGAUAUUUACCUUUGACUCUCCUGCUGGUCUUUGCCCUAAAGUAGGACAGUUCUUAGCUAUAUUACCCGGUUAAUGACACCAGAAGCAAGUAUUGUACCAAAUAAACAUUCACAUUUAUGCUGUCUUCCACACUUGCUGCAACUAUUCACACUUAAACUGUCACUGCUGCUGGACUUUGUCUUUUCCAAUUAAAUUUUCCACAUUGUGAAAUAGACUUGCUAUGCGAAUCCUGGGGGGCUUCCAUAAUUUCACCACUUUUCCUUUUCUGAAAAUCAGUCUCCUUUGAGUAUUCUGCAGAUCCACUUCUAUCUUUCUAUCCCUUUCAAAUAAUACUGAAUAAUUUUCAAUCCCUAAUGAAACAAGAGGCUGUCUAAUUGCAUCCUUCAAUCUAGCUAAAAAUUGAUGGCAUUUAUCUUCCAUAGUAUGUACUAAUUGAGGAGCAUAUCUGACUAAUGUAGUAAAUUCAACUUCAUACUGCCCUUGUAUCAAUCUCAUAAACUUGUCCUGCAUCUGCCUCCUCACAGAAGGAGGUACGAACCAAUCCCUGAACACCUGAGUAAAAUCAUUCCACUUAAUUUGCAUGUCAGGUAUUCCUUCAAACUUAUCUUGAUACAGCCCUCUCCAUCACCUUUCAGCUUCUCCUUCUAGUGUAAAGGUUACCAAGGAAACUUUCCUCUCUUCUGAACAGUGCAUUCCUUCUAAUAUAUUUUCAAUCCUCAGCAAUCAAUUUUCAGCCUCUAUUGGUCUCUCUACUCCCUUGAAUAAUGGUGGUCUCAUAUCCUGAAACAAUUUCAUAUACUUAUCCAUAACCAAUCCACCACCACUACUACUCCCCGAUGAUUGAUUUCUUGAAUCUUGAAUCAGAUGAGUCACAGCUGUCAUCAUUUGAGCCAAUGCAUCAGGGUUAACAGGAACAUUAGGUGUUGUUCUUUCUACUUCUUCCUCUUCUUUAUACUCAUUUUGGUUCCUGUUGGCCAUAACAUAAUUAUUUAACAUUAAAAUUAUUAAUAAUCAUCAUAAUGGCUCUUUCAGUAUGAUUCAUAUUUUAACCUUGCCCUGAUACCACUUUUAUCACAACCCGGCCCGGAUGCUCGAUCUAAUGAGACGGGUACGAAAAAGUCGAACGAUAUUAGAUUUCCAUCAAUAUAAUAAUAACUCAUCAAGAUAAACUUUUCUAUUAACUGAAGAGUCACUAACACACAAAUCAUAAAUUACCUGUUGUCAUUUGCACGCCGCUUUCUGUAGACAAAUUUUUCUCUUUCAGUCAUUUCUUUUUCUUAGGAGACUUACCUGAAACAUUAAACUCGUGGGUUGAGUUUACUAAGUAAACUCAGUGGGUAAUUCUCAUCAUCAAUUAAUAUACAUAAAAUUUACUAAAAUACAAUAAAAUUUACCUUUACAUUGUUGUACUGUUGCUUUACUUUAUUCAUUUCCUUCUAUUUGUUUCAUUUAAACAUAUCUUAUUAUACAAAUCUCAUUAUAAAAAUAAUCCAUCAUAUUUAUUUAUAAAAUUCCUUUAAUCUAUAUUCCUUUUCCUUUUCCUUUUUAAUUUCUACAGGAACACCGUCUAAAUGUACUCAAAGGUACAAUCAUUUUCAUUUCCUUUUUUCUUUCCAUUACCUUUUCCCUUUUAACGUGCACCGAUACAUUGCUUCCCCAGCCAAUACCAUACGAAGGUGAACUCCUGUAUACUCUGUAUGCAUAACAUUUUCCCUUUUCCUUUGAUUCAUUCAUUAUGUUAUCAUUUUAUAUUCUUAUAAUUGUAUACAUGUAUCAUAUAUAUACAUAUAUAUCUAUGGUUUAUCCAUAUUUUAUCUAUGCUUUUCAUCUUCUAAUUUCUUUCCAUUUGUUUUCUUUCACAAAUUGACACUUUCUUAUUCUUAAAGCUUCAAUCGUUUUCAAUCAACGCAUUUAAAAUUCUCUAUAAGAAUUAAUUAGUUACAUGUACUAUUACUUCCAGAUUUGCAAUGAAAAUAAAAUAAUGAAAAUUUAUGCAUAUAAAUUACCCGCUUUAAUACUUCCAAAUUUUCGAUCCUUGGAGCAACCCCAACUUCGAGUUCCUACAACAUCCACAAAAUAUAACUUCUAUAAAAGCAUGCUCUCAUAACAAAGUUGAAUUAAAUUUGUAUGCUAGAAGAGUCACUUACAAAAGGAAAAAUGAGGAUUUACUCAAAAUCCCUAAAUCCUUCUCUCCCAAAAUUCUGUUAGACCGGCCCAGGAUGGGCCGGUUGGACCGGUCCAACAGAGACCGGUCCACUGCUACGCAAGACGGGCUGGGCGAAAACGACAGCAAGAGGCGGAGCUUCCUGUGGACACCACGUGGGAUUAAUUUUGAUUUGGGAGGGAGAAAUUUGAAUGAGGGGGCUGUUUUAGGAAAUCCAUUAUUGUCAUUUAUGAUUAUUUUUGUUUAAUUAGGAGAUUGGGGGGGAAAUUAGGAUCAUCUUGAAUUUGAAGGAGAAGUUUGAGAUCUCUUGGUGUUCUUGGGCUCUAGGGUUUGCUAGAGACUUGUGGAGAGUUGUUCUUUCUCUCGAAUUGAAGAACGUUGUAUCUUUCUUUGUUUUGCUUUCAUUGCUAGUGAAAUACAAGUCGUUUCAUGCGUUUUCUCUCAGAUUUCCCUGUUUUCCUGCUGUUUUCUCUACUGUGGACAGUAGUUUGCUGGUGUAAAUUUAUUGGUUUGGAUUAGAAUUACUUGUGAACUAAGAAAUUCCUAUCAAAUUGGUAUCAGAGCAUCGUCGUGGGACUUGUGGCGGCUGAAAAUCAGGAAUUUCAACGGAUUUUUGGAGGGAUUCAAAGGGAGAUUUCCGGUUUCUCGCGGAAGAUAAGAUGGCCGGAAAGAAGGUGAAAGUAUUGGAAGGCGAGUUCGAACAACUAAAGACAGAACUGGAGGGAAAGUUCUUGGAAAUCUCCACCAACAAUGACAGGUUGGAAGGGAGGUUCGCGGCGAUGGAAGAGAUGAUGAAGAAAUUACUGGAGAUGAAGACGAAUCCGACGGCGUCGAAAGCAAGAGAGACUGUCGGUGACCUUGGCGUGGGAGGAAAUCCGAACCCGCUUCGGGGGAGGAGGAAUCCGGCAGUAGAGAUCCUUGAGGGAGAGGACGACAUGCCACCUCUAGAGCCACUUUCUAGAGAGGAGAUGAGCAUGGGAAAUGAUCGUCGAGGUGCUGAUUUUGAAGGCAGGAGGGGGGAAUAUGAGGGAAGUACAAAUUUUGGCGAAAGAAGAGAAGAAUAUCAGCGUCGAGGUGCUGAUUUUGAAAGGGGAAGAGGAGAAUAUGAUGACGGAUUCGGAUACCAAUGUCGGAGGGAGGACCGGGACACUUGGGGAGCACCUCAUCUCCGAGGAAUGGGAGGUUAUGGAGAGUACCGGGGUAACGGAAGGGAUCCGAAGGUGAGGAAGUUGAAGAUGCCCAUCUUUGAGGGGGAAGAUGGCCACGGCUGGAUAUACAAGGUGGAGCGUUACUUUGUUGUCAACAGAUUGACAGACGAUGAGAAGCUGACGGCAGCAGGAUUGUGUCUGGAGGGAAAGGCGUUGGCCUGGUAUCAGUGGCGAGACAGGAGAGAGCCUAUCAGGAAUUGGAGAGAGUUCAAGGAUUGUUUAUUAGAGCGUUUCCGAGCCGAUGGUGGAGGAGACUUCUAUGAGCAAUUCUUUGCUCUGACUCGGGAGGGGACUGUGGCUGACUAUCGGGACAUAUUCGAGUAUUUGGCUAGCCGUUUGGAUCACAUCUCAGAAUCAGCCCUAGAGGGAAAUUUCAUGAAGGGGCUCAAACUAGAGAUACGAACAGCUGUCAGAGUGUUCGAGCCAAGGAAUUUAGGCAAGGCUAUGGAACUUGCACAAUUGGUGGAAGAUCAGAAGAGAUCAGAAAGAGGAGCUCGAGGCAACUACUCAGGGGGAUCAUACAAGAUGACUACUGCGGUAUUACCCUCCAAAGGGGUAGCGCCAGGCGGUCAGAAGGAAGCACCCAAGGAAAAGACUGGAGGAGGAAAUGGGGGACAGUUCAAAAGGCUGACCGAAAAAGAAAUGCAGGACAAGAGAGCAAAGGGGUUGUGCUACAGAUGCGAUGAAAAGUACAUGCCUGGGCACAGGUGCAAUGACCGAUCUCUUCAGGUUCUCCUCGUUUGUGAAGAUGAGGAAGACGAAGAGAGGUGGAAAUGACCCCGAGGUGGAGGAGGAUGAGAAGUUGCAUCUGGAUGUAACAGAAGUCUCUCUGAACUCAGUAGUGGGGCUCACUUCGAGUCACACUAUGAAGGUGAAAGGAGAGAUCUCUGGUCGCGAGGUUGUGGUGUUGAUAGACAGUGGAGCGACACACAAUUUCAUUUCCACCCAGAUUGUCGAUGCGAUGGGGAUGGAGCUAGUGGAUACCGGAGGUUACGGGGUAAUGAUGGGCACCGGAAAGGUGGAGAUGGGUCGCGGUGUCUGCCGAGGAGUAGUAUUGAA